CAAAAUGUUCCGCACCGCUCCUCGUCUGGCUGGGUUCGUGUUCCGUGAGAACCGUGUCCCUUACUACCAGCGCCUUUUCCAGCAGCACGACGGCAAGCGCCAGUGGUGGAAGACUGAGCGCAGUGGUUACCUCAUGUGGCCCUACCUCAUCUCCGUCUACGGCAUGGGCAUCGCUACUACCUACGCUAUGGGUCGUAUGGUCUUUGGCCACAAGACCUGGUUCGGCAAGGCGUAAAUGCGGUCCUCGCCAACUUUGACACAGUGUACCUCUAUUUCUCUGAUAGGCAGCUAGAAA